AUGGCGGCCGUGCAGGGGGGACUGGUCGACGCCGUGGAAGAAAAGAACUUAAAAUCAGAAACUGCCGCCGACGGGUUAACAAAUAACAGCGCGAACGAUGGCAGGGCGCUGUCUACGUCCCCCGGCUCCAGUUCGUCGUCCGGGAGCAGCAAAGCGGCGGCGGGACCCCCGGAGGACCAGCAGACCCUGUUGGCGGUUCUUCAGUUCCUCAGGAAGAACAAACUCACUGAGUCGGUGGAGAUCCUGCGGCGUGAAGCGGGAUUACCGGAGGACUCCCUGGACGGGAAGGGAGCCGACUCCUCGGGGACCGGAGGAGCUGCCGGCUCCGGGGAGCUCGGAGCCGUGGAUGCGAGCUCUCUUCUCAGCCGAGUGACCGGUUCAGCCUCUCAGGCGUCAAGUAAAGCAGCUGGUGCAGAGGAUCAGCCAGACGUCAACGUGGUGCUGUCGGCCUACAGCCAGCAGGGAGAUCCAGCUCUGUAUGAAGUUUACUACAGCGGCCUGAAGAAGUUCAUCGAGACAGUGUUGGACUGUCAUCGAGCAGAGCUGUCGCAGGUCUUCUACCCGCUGUUCGUCCACAUGUACCUGGAGCUGGUGUAUAACAACCACGAAAGUGAAGCCAAGGCCUUCUUUGAAAAGUUCAGUGGCGAUCAGGAGUGCUACUACGUGGACGACCUGCGUGUUUUAUCCGGCUUGACCAAAAAGGAGCACAUGAGGGGAAACGAGACCCUGCUGGACUUUCGCACCAGCAAGUUUGUGCUGCGGAUAUCCCGUGACUCCUACCAGCUGCUGAAGAGGCACCUGCAGGAGCGCCAGAACAACCAGAUCUGGAACAUCAUCCAGGAGCAUUUGUACAUCGACAUCUUUGACGGCAUGCCCCGGAGCAAGAGCCAGAUCGACGCCAUGUCGGGCAGCUUAGCCGGAGAAGCCAAGCGAGAGGCCAACAAGACCAAGGUUUACUACGGACUGCUAAAAGAACCAGAAAUAGAGCUUCCUCUUGAUGACGAGGAUGAGGAAGCGGAGAACGAGGAGGGGAAACCGAAGAAGAAGAAGCCCAAAAAGGACAGCAUGGGCUCUAAAAGCAAGAAGCAGGAUCCCAACGCUCCCUCGCAGAACAGAAUACCCCUCCCAGAACUAAAAGACUCAGACAAGCUGGACAAGAUCAUGUACAUGAAGGAAGCCACCAAAAGGAUCCGCCUGGGACCAGAUAACCUCCCCUCCAUCUGCUUCUACUCUUUCCUCAACGCCUACCAGGGUUUGACUGCCGUGGACUUCACAGACGACUCCAGCCAGGUGGCAGGAGGCUUCGCAGACUCCACAGUGCGAGUGUGGAGCCUCACUCCCAAAAAGCUCCGCAAGGUCAAAUCAGCAGCAGACUUGAAUCUGAUCGACAAAGAGUCAGACGACGUGCUGGAGAGGAUCAUGGAUGAGAAGACUGCCAGUGAGUCAAAGAUACUGUACGGACACAGCGGUCCGGUGUACGGCAUCAGCUUCAGCCCGGACAGGAACUAUUUAUUGUCGAGUUCUGAAGAUGGUACAAUCAGACUGUGGAGCCUCCAGACAUUUACCUGUCUGGUGGGCUACAAGGGCCACAACUAUCCAGUGUGGGACACACAGUUCUCCCCCCACGGAUAUUACUUUGUGUCUGGAGGACAUGACAGAGUCGCUCGUCUGUGGGCCACAGAUCACUACCAGCCUCUGAGGAUGUUUUCUGGUCAUCUGGCCGACAUCACAUGCACCAGAUUUCAUCCAAACUCCAAUUACGUGGCCACGGGGUCAUCGGACCGCACCAUCCGCCUCUGGGACGUCCUCAAUGGGAACUGCGUCCGCAUCUUCACUGGGCAUAAGGGGCCGAUACACGCGCUGGCUUUCUCCAACAACGGGAAGUUUUUGGCGUCUGGAGCCACAGACGGCAGAGUCCUGCUGUGGGACAUCGGCCACGGACUGAUGGUGGGAGAGCUGAAGGGCCACACAGACACCAUCUACUCCCUCAAGUUCAGCCGAGACUCCGAGAUCCUCGCCUCUGGCUCCAUGGACAACACGGUUCGGCUGUGGGAUGCAACGAAAGCUUUUGACGAUUUAGAAACCGACGACUUCACGGCAGCUACAGGACACAUCCACCUCCAAGACAACUCCCAGGAGCUCCUGCUGGGCACCUACAUGAGUAAAUCUACGCCCGUCAUCCACCUUCACUUCACCCGCAGGAACCUGCUUCUGGCUGCCGGAGCCUACAACCCCUGAGACUGCUUGAAAAACUAAUCAACCCAAUAAUUAACGAGACUCUGAGCACUGAAAGUGACUCAACAACUGUAGUAACAGUUUAACUCUGGCAAAUGUCUGACUGUGAAUUAGUGUAAACCGUUUUUCCAUGUCCUGUUUGAAGAAACAGGUUUUUCUCCAGAGAAAGACACACAAGUGUCUGUACAUGGCUGACACUUCUGUAACAUAGACUUUUGUACUGAUGCACACUGUAAAUAAAAUAACAUGUUUUCUAA